UUAGUUGUCUUGCCACUGUCAAGUCAUGACCCUCGUGUUUGGAUGUUUGGAUCAGCCUAGAAGUAACGAUGAAACGGUUCACGACCCAGACCGAGCCAGCCUAUUUCAGCCUUUCAAGCUGGCCUAGCGGGUUGUGAACCAGCCCAAAUUCGUUUUACCAGACGUACACAAUACAAGCGAGAGAGAGAGGCGUGAAGGCUUGUAGAUACAUAAAUACCAUAAAGAUACCUAUUUUCAUACAUAAGGGGUAGUUGGUUCACUUGGAAGAUGAACGGCGGUCCGGCUGGUUUCAACAAUGCGCCGGUGACAAGAGCAAUAGUAAUAGCAAGUGCCCUCUUCACGAUUAUCUUUGGGAUCCGAGGUCGCUCUAGUAAGCUCGGUUGGUCUUAUCAGGAUAUUUUCACGAAAUUACAAAUAUGGAAGCUGAUAGUGUCGGUUUUUGCCUUUACAUCUACACCAGAACUAGUUUUCGGAAUUUAUCUUUUAUACUUCUUUCGUGUUUUCGAGAGGCAAAUAGGGUCUAACAAAUACUCUGUCUUCAUAUUCUUUUCUGUCAUAGUCUCUUUACUUGUUGAAGUCCUGGCACUAAAACUACUUAAAGAUCCCUCUUUGAAGAUAAUGACAUCUGGACCUUAUGGACUUAUAUUUUCAUCAUUUGUACCCUUCUAUUUCGACAUUCCAGUUUCAGCACGAUUUCGUAUGCUUGGGUUUCAGUUCUCAAACAAGAGUUUUAUUUAUUUAGCCGGUCUUCAGCUUCUUUUGUCAUCCUGGAAAAGAUCUGUGUUACCAGGGAUCUGUGGUGUACUUGCGGGUUUCCUUUACCACUUAAACGUCAUUCAUAUCCGCAGGCUGAAGUUUCCGGACUUCAUUGCUUCAUUCUUCUCACAGCUUUCUUGGCCUUCCAUGGGGAGUGCAUCACCAACUGGACAAGGUAGGAAUGUUGUGGGAAAUGCUCCAUCCUAUGAAGGUCGACAAGUGGAGGGAAACUAUUCUGCUCGAUCGUCACCCACAAUUAAUCCUUCUGAAGACUCCAUUGCUACACUGGUUUCAAUGGGUUUUGAGAGGAACUCAGCGAGACAAGCACUCAUUCGUGCCAGAAACGAUAUUAAUGCUGCUACCAACAUCCUGCUCGAGUCACAGGCGCAGUGAGGGGUUAGAAAAUCUGCUUUGGAGGAUGAGACCUGAAUUUGAAUUUAAAAACUAAACACACUAACAGGUUGAAGUAGUCAGCAAUCAGUCACUGAUUAUUUCUCCAGACGGAAUUUCUGCGCUCCAGAAACUAUCAAGGCCCUUGGGAACUUUUCAUCAGGGUUUCGCUUCAUCAUUUUGUACACGCUUGUGACAAUUAUCUAACGAAGGCAGAAAAAUCAAGUAUCUGGAUGUCUACUUCCUUUGAAGUGUAGAAAUUGGGAUUGUGUAAACCAUGUAUGCCCUUUCUGAGGUACUUAGAUGUGGAUAAUUCCUUAUAAAUGCACCAAAUGUUAAUUUCUGGGAAUUUCAGGCUGUGAAUUGUUUAAGUUCUACUUUGCAAUGUUAAGAAAGUUCUAUUAAAUUUUAAA